CCAACCGCAGUUGCAGCCGCGCCCCUCCUUCCUCGAUCCAAUCAAACCCUAGCGAUCAUGCCCCCUCCAUGGGUCUUGCUCGAUAGCUGCGUGUACUUCGUCGACGGGGAAGAAUUCGCCGGAGGCGCGAGCAACGCAGCAGCCGCAAUCGGCAAAUCGAGUGGGAAGUUGAGUCUGGAAGAGUUAACAGCUGCCCUGAAACCAGACCCGGCCGUCGCCGAUCCCCCUGAAGUAACCUCCUUGUCCAUGGUGCGGCAUCUGCCCAAAGACCUGAUGCAAGGGAUGAAGAGUGGUACAGUCUCGAGCACCGACAAGGGCCUCGUCGUGAUCUACACCGGCCACACUCGUUCCGGACGCUACCUGGUCUACGACGCGUCGAGCAGCUCCCUCUCUGCUAUUCCGCAGCUUGAUCCACCCAUCCGUCUACCCGGUCUAUCCAUCAUCAAAUGCCUGGGUACCAGCGCAGCCAUCCUGCGGCUGCGCCACGGCGUCGACGCAGCCUACGUUCUCGCCGAGAUCGUCACCGCGUUCGGCCCGGGGCUCCCCAACGCCGACCUCUACCUGUGGUGGUCGUCGUCCACAGCCAAACAGUGGAUGAGGACGUCGGUGCGUCUCCCUCUCCCCGCCGAGCUGUGUGGGCCCACGUCCUUCUUCCACAUCGACAUGGCGUUCGCGUUUGGGGAUUCCUGCGUCUGCUGGGCUGAUCUCGCAGCAGGCGUCUUGAUCUGUGACCUGUUCGCGCCUCAAGAUCCCAAGUUCAGCUUCGUUCCAUUGCCCCAGGAGUGCUGCUCGUACACCCCCGAGAAAGUCCGGCUUGCGCUCGAGACAAAAGAGUUCCGCUCCAUGGGCUGUGUUUGCGGCGACAUCAAGUUCGUGGCAUUUGUUGGCUACGGUGAAGGUGUUCCAAAAGAAGAGGUAGUGCUGAAAACCUGGACGCUGUCGCCUGAUUUCAAGGAGUGGAAGGAAGGCCCCGGUGUGCUUGUGGGUGAUCUCUGGGAGAGCGAGAGUUUUCGCGAGAUGGAGCUUCCUCGCGGACAGCCAAUGAACCCUGUGCUCAGCAUGAACGAAGAUGGGAUCAUCUACAUUUCUCUGAGCGAUAUCGAGUUUGUUGAGGCCCGUGAUUUCCUUGGGCAGUGUACUGGGAGCCAUCUGGUGCUCAAUGGCCAUUAUGUGCUUCGCCUUGACUUGCUGCAAAACAAGGUUCUGUACUCAAAAAAGAGUGCUACAAACAGUUUGUCAUUGCUUAGGCCCAUAGCCCUUGCCAGCCACUACUGGAAUCUGGGACAUUGCCGAGUGCCUCAUAUUUUGCUGAGUGCUGUUUCUCGGGGCACUCGCUGCGCCGCCGCCGCCGUCCCGCGCCCCAGUGCCGCCCCUCUCUGCCGCCGUCCGCCGUCGUCCUGCUCGCCCCUCCCCGCGCCGCCCAACUCGCCGCGCCCCCGGGGAUCCGUCGCAAGCGAGCUCUGUCGAGGGGCUCCGUUGCCGCCCGAACUCGCCGCGCCCCUGGGGCUCCCCGCGUCGCCUGCUGUCGGACUGGGUGUGGAGCGGUCGGAGAUCAGGCCCGGCGUCCACAUCUACACCUGGCGGGCCGUUUACGCCUACUCCCACCACGGUACGCUCCUCGAUCCCCACCCACAAGGUUUCCUGUUCUCGAGUUCUAGUAGCGAAUUGCCGCCGCCGAUGGUUUUGGAACCCUCCCCGUACAGGGGAGGUUCUGCCGAAAUUUACAACUUAUAG